GGGAAAAUGACGAAACCAUCGUGAAAAUAUGUUUGAUUGUAGUAUAUUCUUUUAUUUUAUUUCCAUCGGAAUUGUAUGUUUACAUCCAUUCUGUAAAGGAGCAACCCAUUGGUUUGUAACAGAGGAUGGAAGAAUCCAACAGCAGGUAACGAAUCUAAAUUUUUAUCUUUUAAAUUAUUCACAUCAAUUACGGCGUUCGGUUGUUUGAAUAAGCUUCGAGUUUGGUGUUAGAUUUAAUUCAUUCAUCGUUUGCCCAUUUUUAUCGUGAUGUUCUUCAUCCUUUGACUGGUUGACGUGCUAUUGAAAGUUUCUGGACAUUCGUUACUCUUGGAGAGUAAAAUUGAUAAAAUCAUCGAUAGUGUUCUCUGCCUGACAUGAAUAAGAUGUCACUUUAGUGAAUAGACUAAUUAGAUUCGAAAGGAUAAGUACCUGAAAUAUUUUGAUUGAAGAAUCUAAGUGAAUUAUUGAUGUUGUUGAAUGACCUUUGAAAUAAAUUGAUAAUUUUUGAUAAGACAUUUUUAUGUUGUAGACUUUAAGCGCGAACUUAUUCCGAAAUUUACUUAUAUUAAAAAUAACACUCAUUUUAAUCAAACUUAAAUCUUAUGUUUGUUGUAGUCUUCGAGAUACACAUUUUCACUUUUUGGUAAGAAGCUAUGCUAUUUAGCAAAGAUACUUUUGUGAAACAAACUAGGCUGUUGGACAUGAUAUGCACAAAAUGUGAAAUUUUCUGUCCCAGGUAUAGCAAAAUACAGUAGACCUUGGCUAACUCAAACAAGAUUGAAUUUCCUUUGGAUUUGACCCCAUUUGAUACAUGGUUUGUUUCUAGGAUGACUCUGUGUUCAAUCUCAAACGACCCUAUGAUCUGGUCACCUUCAUUCAGCAACAAACAGCAUUUGAUAGAUUAAAGAUUUUACGAGAAGAGUACCUGGAAGAGAAACGAAAAGUCAUUGAAGCAAGAGAGAAGGAAAGAGCAGAAAUCCAAAAAUCAUUUUAUGAAGAGGAUCCUGAUUGUGUUGAUGCAGGAGGCCACAUUUCUGAGUUUGAACUACAUUUAGAUAUGACUCUUCCCUUUUCUAAGAAAGGCAUCAAGUAAGUUCAGAAGUAUGGUUUAAAGGUCUUAUUAUUACUGUUGAUAAAAGUGGUCAUCGGUCAAUUUUUCUUUAUAUACUUUUUCUACAUUUAUUUUAAAGCUUACUCUACUGAGGCAAAUACACUCCACCAUUGGAGGUUGCUGUCAAGUUCUAAUUAAUAAGUAGAUUCCAUGUUCUCAUGGGUCUGUAGAGUAAUAGAUCACAGAUGAUGUCAGAUUGUGAUAGGAACCUAAAAAGUGACAUAUGAGACAUUGUUGAGUGUGCCAUUGAUUUUGUCAAAAGAUUUUGAUGUCUUCUGUGAUUCAUUACCCUAAAGACUAAGGGGAACAUGGAAUCAUUUUUCUCAAUAUGUUAAAAAAAGCAAAAUUUCAUUAAUACUGAUGUCAUUUUGUAAGAAACAAUCAAAAUGGAUGUGUAAUUCGGCUCGUUGUAUAAAAAUAUUUUGGUCAUUUGUCAAUGUUCAACUGUAAAUAAUUUUUAAGUCAAGAUAAUUAAGGUUUUGUACCUCUGUCAGUAACGUAGAAAUACAAAUAAAUACAGGUGUGGUUUGCAGCUAUCUUAGAAGAAAAUAAAGGUGAUAUACAGAAAUGCAUCUGUUCUCUGACAGAUCAUAAGUAAGAACCAAUCAAUCAAAUGCAUGCACAAUUCAGCUUAUCAUAUAACCCUUUAAUCCCUGAGAGUGACCAGCCUCUAAUUUCUCCUUUCAAUAUCACCCAUGAAUCAAACAUUAAGGUCAUGAGAAUAAAGGAAAUGAUAAUCAACUGAAGAAGCUCUUGAUUGUUAAACAAAUUCUCCUUGCCAGCAUAUUAGGAAAUGUAUAGAGAACAGUAUGGAGAAUAUGCAUACUGAUGUUAGGGUGUAAAGGGAUAAUUAGUAUUACUACUCUUACCCAUUGGUUAAAUUAUUUCAGUCUUCCAGAUCAUCUUAACCUUUGUCAGUCCCUUCCCUCCGAUGUUCAACCACCAGUUUGUCAAGCUCAGCUACCAACAGUUAUAUACAGCUAUGAUCAUCUUGAGGGAGUAAAGCAUCGCCAUCUGCUGAAUUCCACUGCUGAGCCAAUGCUGCUUACAACGAUGUCAUCUUAUUUUAAAACUGCAGAAGAAUUAGGAGGCCAAGUGAGUCUGGCUCUUGAAAAGGUGAGCAUGAUUUUAUAUUGAUCUGAAGUUAAAUAAAUACAUACUGGAAUCACAUUGGAGAUGAAUUUGCACUUCAAGUGCGGACUUAUUGGCUUUUGCACUUUCUCAAUCACAUAGUCAACAGUGAUGUGCAGAUAAUUUCAAAGCUUCUCUGGCUUGAGUGGGAAAUUUGUAACCAAAAGUUUCAAGUUUUUCCAGGGGAAUACAGACAAGUGUUAUAUCUUAAAAUAUAGAGGUGUUUUCGCAAGUGAAUGGUGAGAGAAGAAAACAUCUACAAGGUCAAGGUUUUUAAGACUUAGUAAAUUUGUAGAAAUUAAGUCACGUUUGCUGAUUUUGCCUUUUACAAAAAAAAAUUGAGUGGGGUAUUUGAACCAAUUUUUAUGGCAGGGGCAGUAAUUUGACCAGACUAUUCUACAAAAGUUCAAAUGCAAGGGGGUUGUCUGGAAGUAAGGAUGAUGAAGCUGUAAAUUAAUCAAUGCAUAAAGGGUAAAAUUUUCUGUUAUUAAGAAGGAAAAGAAUGCAUGCCGUUGUGCAAUUUUGCAGGAAGCUAUUUUAGGUUUGGUAAAUGUUUAUUUAAUGAACUGUACAACACAAUCAGCUGAAUGAAGUUUUAUGUUUAUUUGUACAACACCCGAGUUAUGAAACCAACCCUACUAAAAACAUUUGUCAUCAAUGAAAUUAUUAUUAUUUUAGGCAAAGGUAAGCCUUUUUAAUGUUUUCAAGUAUUUUGCUCACUGGGCAAUUACCAAAAUUAAUGAAAAAUACCCUCUGUCUCAGCCAAUCAACAUUUGGUAAUAUUGCCCUUUUUGUUUUAAAUCUAUUAAACAGUGAACUUUAAUGGAGGGUUGCUGGAUUAAGUACUUCUCUGCCAGCUGGGAUGUAAAGAUAGUAAAAUUUUGUUAUUAAAGGAAAUGGUUCCAAUAGAUGUUAUAUCAUUAUUAUUUAUCACUUCUGAGAAACAGCAGCACAUUACUCUCAGAGAGGAGGAUUUGAAGCUGGGUUCUUUAGUCAUGCAGGCUUAAGAUUACACAGUACAAAUCAUUCCAUCAUGUGCUCUUCACACCAUGUUUUCACUCCUUUCCAAUAGUUUAUUUUCACCUCUCUUAGAAAUUUGUUGUUUUUGUACAGAAUUCAACUUCGUGGGUUUUACUUAAUCUUGCUGCAUACUAUUGGAGAAUUAAAGGAAAUGCUCUGCAUGCUGUGGAAUGUUUAAGACAAGCUUUGUAUUAUUCACCAAGGUAAGACAAUUAGAUCUCCUCAAAUAUCUUUUUGGUGGAUUUUUUGUUAUUUCUCAUCCUCUUUCCAAAGGGAGUUUUUGUGGGUUCUUUCUGACAAAAAUUAACAAACUAAAAUCUGAUUUAAUCUGAUUGCAUCAUUUGAAGAGAUUUAAUAGUAUCCUCUUUCACUUUGAUAGUAUAGGAAUGGUGUGGAAGUAAAAGGCCUUGUUGGUAAAGACAAUUGUGAAAAAACAUGCUUUGUAUUGAGACAUGAAUAGUUCUCUCCAUGUCUAAUCCAUCUUGCAAUCCUCUCUUUUCAAAAAAAUGUCCUGAAAAUUGUUGUUCAUUAUGUAAUCUUGUCAUAUUUUUUUUAAGGGAGCACAAAGAUCGUGCACUGAUGAGCCUGGCGGCAGUACUUUACCAUGCAAAUCACACCCAUGAUUCUGUUGUUCUUCUGCACACUGCUAUGGAAACUUGUCAGGAAUAUUCUGUGUAUCACUUUCUACUUGGAAAUAUUUAUGCUGUGAGUACAUGUACUUGAUUGCUGGGUCAGUUUUGCAUGCUGUUAUCAGUUACAGAACUCCUCUCUAUGAAUUUUUCACUCAAUAAUUUGAUUUUCUAGGUAAGGUGGUCACAUGGUCAUGACCUUGCUCUGUUGAUCACGUGUUGACUGUGGGGUUUAACCUUUGCCCCUUUUAUAUCUUUAUAUCUCCUAACAAGGAAAAUGUGUUUAAUGAUCAAAACCUUCUUUUAUUUGUUGGUGAUCAUUUCCUAAAUAUUCUUGAGACCUUAAUGUUUGAUUCAGGGGGGGGAGGGGUUUGUCAGGAGAAAUUUGAUGUCAGUCACUCUAAGGGAUCAAAUUGUUGAGGUGUUCAAGUACUGCUGGCAAGGGAACCGGAACUGGCCUCUUGGUAGCUGUCAACUAUGUCAUCCUCUAAUUAAACUAGUGCAGAAAGCAGAAAGCAGGAAACAAGAUUUUAGAGGUCUACCUCUUUAAACCUUUAGAGAGAUCAGCAUCUAAUUUCUCCUGACAGUAAUACUACUGAAUCAUUCAUUAAGGUUGUGAGAAUAAAGGAAAUGAUCACCAACCUAAGAAACUUUGAUUGAAAAAUGAAUUCUCUUUGUCUGUACCAAGGAAUAGAUUGAGAAGAAUAUGGAGGGUAUGCAUACUGAUGUUAGGGUUUUAAAAAGUGGUCAUAUUUCUCAGUUCUGAUAUGUUUUUCUAAUUUCUGCUUUUAUCUGAACCAGCAUAAACCAUAAACCAUAAAGGUCUCAUAUUAUUGAAAAAAAAAAGGCAGAAACCAGUUACUGUCAUGAGUGAAUUAUUACCAUGCAAAUAAAUUUCAUGACCAAGAUCUAACUUUGCACAGAUCCAGAAUGAAACAUGUAGUCCACGUUUGUAUUACGUUUACAAAUUCAAAUUGUACUAGAAUAGUUGGCAUUCUUUCUGUAACUGGUCUUCUAUUAACAAUGGCUGACUUACUUUGAUUUUGUUCUCGUUUUUCCAAUAGUCUCAGAAGAUGUAUGAAAUGGCUGACUUAUGUUACAAAUUCACUGUAGCUGUUUCCCCCGACACGAAAUCGUUGUGUGAGCGAGUCAAAGCCGUGAGGUGUGAGAUUAAACUGAAACAACUGUUAAAAGAACGCCAAUUGUAAGUCUUUAUUUCUAAAGUUUGACUUUGUGUCGAUAAAUCUUUGUAAUUGCAACAGCCAAUAACAUCAACUGUCAACUAGUAACCAAUUGGAGACCAGAAGUUAACGUAGGUCACUUGGCUGGUUUCUAACGCAGGAAUCACGAAACUUGGUCAUCCUAAGUCUUUCAUCUUGUUGAUUCGCUCUGAGGAAGAUCCAGCGCUCGAAACGUCACCUUAGAAAUUCUUAACAAUGGGCAAUUUAUAUUAUUAACUCAGUUGUUAAAACCAAAUUAUUUUGAUAUACUCACCCACAGAAUCAGCACCAUCGUUUCUUGAGAAAUUUACCCCCUCUAUUCUGUCAUCUGGUUGGCUGAGUGGGUGUUGCUGGGUUUGUUUUUUUCGUUUUUUGUGACACCAAUCGUUCUCUGUCCCUUUAGAGCAUUUGAUGAAAGAUUGGACUUCCACGGUACUCCUGAACUUGAUGAUUCAAAAGAGUUUAAAAAUGAAGAAGCCGAGAAGAAAGAACUCCUUCCGCUAGAAACAUUCAAGAAGCAACUUAACCGGCUCUACCUGCUUACAGAAGGUCUACCAAAGAACCCACACAGCUGUAAGAGCCGAUCUGUUCCUGUGAAACAGGCAAGAAAUUCUUUUUCUUUUUCAGCUGCCAUAAAUCGUUGAGACGCCCUUUUGUUCCCAGUUGGUAAGAUUCCUUUUUGGAACGCGCGAGACCGAAACUGAAAAGGUUCCUUUGGGAUGGCGUCGCUGUGUUUGUUGUGCCCUGUACGUGACAACUGAGAAUGGCAACAACCAAUCGGAAACCGUUUUGGUAGAGACAUAGUUAUGUCACAAGUUUGAGAAUUAUCACAGUAUAUCUCUUUCAAAAACUAGUCAUUGUUUAUCACAAGGGGAGGGGUCGGAGGAUUUUGGGGGAAUCAUAUGUUUUUUCAGGGGAACGGAGUAGGGAUCAGUCGUCGCAACAGAGUACAAGUACGGGGAGGGGAAGGGGAAGGGGGGAAGGAGGACUACAGAAAACUAAUUGCCUACGAGGGAGGUCAUUAUAAUUCUACAGUGCCUUCGUAGGGGAGGGGGGAAUAAAGCAAAUUUUAUGGUGACUCAUGUAAUGUAACUCCUCUCCCUCCCUCCCUCCCCCAUCUGAAGUAAAAGAUCCCUAGCAAAUUUUAUUUUUUAUUUUUAUUUAUAGGAAGGGAAUUCGGCUUCUGAUGGUACUGGAACAACAGAGGGACGGGAAAAACAGCCAAAAAACGAAGACUCCGAAGAGGAAGUCAACAAACAGAGGAAUGAGAAAGAGGAAAAAGAAACUGGAAGUUCUGGAUUGCGAACUCUGCCGCAAGGAGAAUCAAAACACAAUUCUGAUGCCAUCGAAUCUGAUCUAAAAUCGAAAUCCCUUGAUAGAAACGGCCAAGAUGAAGAACGCGCUAUCUGGAAAGAAAAAAGAGUGAUGAGUGAAUCACUAAAAGCAAGAAAUUCUCGGUUAAAUAAUUCUAAAUUUUCUAUAGAGAUGAAAACCAUGCAGGAUUUAGAAGAAGCUCGACUAGCGUUGACUCGCUUAAAACAUGUCAUGAAAACUGUUACUCAUACAAAUUCAGCUACGCAGACUGUGAAAAUAACCGAGGAGAAAGUGCUGCAAAGUGAAAACGGUGCGAAGACAAACGUAGGAAAAACAAGCUGUGUUGAAAGUAUUUCAACUUUGCAAGAAAAAGAAAUGAAAGUCAGAAAGGGGAAUACUGGUCGACGCGGCGAGAGCGGUUUUAAAAGGAUGAAACGAGACGCUGGUUUUAAUAAUCCUAGUGAGGAUGGCACUGCCGGAAGUGUUAUUGCUGAUGAUGGUAAAUUUGUUAAGCAGAAAGGAGAGUCUAUUGUGUUGAGCAAGAACGAUCCAGGUUCAAAGUUUGAUUAUCUGAUACCUUCCAAGAACACCCGUGACAAUGUUAUCGCAGAAUCACUGUUUGAGCAGCUAAAAGGAAGCGUCCCUAGCGGACCUAAACACACGCCACCUCUAAAGGACAAAGCAUUCUUGCCGAGUUUAAGAAAUUGUGAAGAUCUUGGAAGGAAGAAACUAAAAGGCGAAGCGGUCAGUGCGGAGUGUUUGACUCAAGAUUCCAAGAAACAGACGCACGGCACAAACGCUGGAAGAGAUGUUGGUGUUGAGAGCUUUGUGUUAACCACUGAAUUUACUAAGGCCGAGGAAAAUGAGCUAUCGACGGAUAAAAGAACUCUGCUUGAUUCGGAUGGUGAGGUAAUUUUGAUGAAGCAAACUUUGGCAAAUGAGAUUUCGGCUAACGUGCCCACGGAUUCUCUAUUAAGUGAGCGCACUUCUGAAGCGAAAGUUCUUGAACAAAACGAGAAGAAAAGAAAUACAAAAGUCAAUAUUGGUUCGACUGCAAGUGAUAACAACAAUCUUAAAGUGAACUCUGUCGAGAGUGUUUCUGCCUCGCAAAUCAAAGGCAGUGAUCUAGAAAUUGAAAGCAAGAAACAUGACGGGAAGACAAACCCUGGAGAGUACGAAAAACCUAAUUCGAACGUACCAGAAAAUAAUGGAGAGAAAUUUUCUACCGCUUAUGACGAUGCGAGAAGUAAAACCAGGGAUGAAGAGGAUUAUAAUAGUAAAGACUCUGAUAGACCAGAUACUAAUGGUGUUGUUAAAAAUCCUAAAAACGCUAACGGAGAAAAGAGUAAAGCGGAGAAAAGGCAAAAUCGGUUGGAUUCAAGCACAACAAAAGAGUUACCUGCUAAAAGUGAUAAAUCAAGUAAACUAAACGAGGUUAAAUUUAAGCCAUCGCCUAAUAUGAAGGAAAAAGUUAACAGCGCCGAGUUUCUUCACAGUGUUGGUGCAGGAUCGAGCGUUUUUGAAACAAGCUUUAUGAACGUGCAAACUGAUGGAUCUCUUCAGGAUCUGAGUGAGGAAGAAUGCCGACACAUAGAAGGUGUCCAGGCUCUGAUUGUCAGGAACAAACAGUUCAGUGCAUGGCUGUCGUUGGACACCAAAAACAUUGAGUAAGUCAGUUGUUAGUUGUCAGUUGCCUUUUUGCAUGAAUUUCCUUAAAUGAGCUUCUUCGACCAGUCAUGUGUGUCCCAGCGGGGAAAACGUAUUAUUUUAUCAUCCAUAGUGGACAAUUUUUUAACAUACUGCUUAAUAUGAAAUAUGUUGAAAUAUGUAAUCGGCGCCGGGGGGGGGGGGGGGUACUUGGGUCUUUUUUUACUGGGCAUGUGUCAAAGACCUCUCAGAACCCCUACCCCAUUAUACACUAUUCUGUGGCCAAUUAUAGACCCCUUCUUUUGGUAAUAUCGUAAAAACUAUUUAACUGCAAAUCUUCCCAUUUUUUAAAUCCCCACUUACCAGAAUAUUCUAACCACCAAAGAUUCCGAAAAUGUGCGACUCCAUUCCAGUAACUUUAUUGAAGAUGCAACCCCAUUAUGGUCAAUCCAGUCGUGAAAAUGUGACCCUAUCCAAUGGCACAUACCAUCGGCCUAUUGUCAAGAAGUACCCCCCCUCCCCCUCGGGGAAUCGGCGUCAAUGGUUGGUUUCUGUUUCGUCACUGUCAAUGUAAUUUUUCUUCUCUUCCUUUAGCGUGCGGGCUCACAUCGACUUCCUAAGUGAGGUGGACGACUUUCCCAGAAGGCCUCGUUGUACGGCAAAGAUCAGGAACAAAUUGCACACGUUCCACAACCUUCCGGUACCGUGAAUAUUGUUUUGUUGUCCUCUUUCUCUCUUGCUCGCUCUUCCGUUAAUUAACCUAUUACACCCUGACAUCAGUAUGCAUAUUCUCAUUACUGUUAUCUACACAUUUCCUAAGGUGCUGACAAGGAGAAUUUGCUUAACAAUCAAGAGUUUCUUCAGUCGGUCUUAAUUUCAUUUAUUCUCAUGAUUCAGGGGUGAUAUUGUAGGAAGAAAUUAGAUGCUGGUCACUCUUAGGGGCCAAGGGCUCAAUUGAUACCUCUAUGUCUUCCUCAGCCUUAAUUGACCAACCCAAUGAGUGAGGGCAUUAUUGUAUCUCUUGUAAGAUUACUCGCUUUCUUUUGUCUUAGUUUUUUUAAAGUGGUUUGUGUACUGUCUUUUAUCAAGGGUGUGGUCAAUGCUGCUUAUUUUGAUCAAGUCGCUGAAGUUGGUCUCACUCAGGUUUGGUUUUGUUGUCUGUUCGUUUUGUAUGUCAUGUUGCAAUGUAAUGUUACGUUUCUUUAGAAAAAGAAGUAAAUUUCUGUUUUCUUCCUUCCACAAAGAAGAGUUCGUUUUUUUUUUAACCGGGUAAGUCUAUGCCUAGACAUGACUGUUACAUUUACUAUUUUUAGACCCUGUUGAGCAUGGGAAGAACAUUACAAGACACCAUUGACGAGAUGGGAACACGAAUUUACAAUGCCCUAAAGAAGGUACCAUCCGAAGCUGUAUUUUAACGAAACAGACCAGUUUUCUAUGGUGGCACGGUGUCUCUCUUCCUUUGAUCAAGUUUUCUCUUUCUUGACAUUUUAUUUCUUCAUCUAUGAAGUAUCAUAACAUAAUUUCCUAUUGCGCAUGCGCAAAAAGUAAACCCCCUGUAGAUUUGGUUAACGUAGGUAAAUUUCGCGAUGAUGGACCAAUUUGGUUACGAUUUGAAGUUUUGGGUCUUAACAGACUGCUGUUAAAUACUUUAAAGUUUUACACCAUCGGUAAAGUGAGUAAUGUGUCCCACAAGGGUAAGCAUCAUGUGAAAAAAUUAUAUAGCAUCGUUUCUAAGUAGGGAAGGUUUCACCGCACGUUCCAUGUCUAGAGGUAGGUCGCCCUAUGAUCGAUUAGUGAGGGGACCAAUUACGCUGGACAUGUCGGCACAUCCUUAGGAUGAACCCUUCCGGAUCAUGAAGUAAAACUGGUCUGGUGGUCGGAACUUUAGCAUAUUCUGACCCAAUUUUUGGACCCGUCUAGCGCUCAUGCCACGAGUGCUUAAAUGACAACGGUGCUUAGAUAACUUGGAAAACGUGAAAGAACGUUUAUGAUGGUUAGGUCGGCUAAGUCUGACGAUUCUUUUCGUUUUUGUAGAAUUCUUCGUCCUGGGUGCUACUGAAUGUAGCGUCUCUUUAUUGGAGAGUACAAGGAGAUACUGCUGAAGCCAUCAAGUGUCUGCGCCAAGCUCUUUCUUUCUCUCCUUCCAAUGCAAGGGUAGGCAUUUUAUGGUCAGAACAAGAAGAGGUCCUUUUCUUAUUUUGAACUCACGCAGCGUCUUAAGACAUUUCUUUGUAUCAGAGUAUCAACGUAAUUUUUUACCUCGGAUUCCUCGAACUCCCCCCCCCCUCCCUCAUCUAAAAAGUUUUAGCUGGCCGCCGGAAAAAAAGGGGGGGGUGGUUUGUUAUAUCAACACCUAUUCUCUACUUAACUUGAGUCGAAACUCGUUCUUUAAGAAAAUAUAUCAAGAAAGUGGAAAUGUACAGAGCGGCUCGUUAUGAGAGUUGCGUAUUUCUGUAAAAAAUUAUACCCUUUUAACACUUUACACCCUAACAUCAGUAUGCAUAUUUUCCAUACUGUUCUCCGUACAUUCCCUAAGGUGCUGACAAGGAGAAUUUGUGUAACAAUCAAUAACUUCUUUAGCUGCUGAUAAUUUUUUUAUCCUCAUGACUUUACUGCAUGAUUCAGGAGUGAUUUUGUAAGGAGAAGUUAGAUGCUAGUCACUCUUAAGGGUUAAAGGGUUAAUGCGCUAAUUGAUCCGCAGGAUUUCAAAUCAAAGCGCGCCUCAGAAAUCACUGCAAUCAUGGAAUCCCAAAACUAGUUACAUCUUAAAAUGACAUCGUAAGUCAUUUACUAUUGUUACAUCUGUCAAUUCAAAGAAGCAUACUUCAACUUGGUCACGUUUUCGUUCCAGGAUGUAGCUCAUGUUAGUCUGGCCAGUAUAUUGUUAAGGGAGGGCCAGCUUGAAGACGCUGCUGUAGUCAUAAAAAAGGCUCUUGAGGUAACGACUGUACUGAAUGACAUUUCCAAGUCAUUGUCCUCUCGAACUGGUUGUUUUUCGCUUGAUGUCUCGGCCCCAAGCCUCACUGUUUCUAUAAACGAAGCAAUAUUUAUGAUAAGUUACAUUGAAAGUUAUUUGAAAGUCGUCCCAGGCGCAGGCGCAAAAAAGUUGUGAUACACUAGGCGUGACACGUCUGUAACGCGCGUGACUUAAUUCUAUUUGUGAAGGUCGCGCAAAAUCGUGAAGAAAACAGUAAUUUUUCUGUGCAAACUUGAACCUCUUUACUCAUUUCUGAGGACUUUUCUGUUGCAUCCAGUAAUUGUUAUAUCCGUCGUUUCUAUGACUUAUCUAUUAAACUUUAACUUACAUGUCUAUUAGAAAGAGACAUAAGUAAUUGACCCGCAGUUUUCCAAGUAAAAGAAAAUUAUUUUUCUGUAAAACUUAGAGAUUGUGAACACCAGAAAAAUGUUUGCGGAAGUGUGUUUCAAAGAAAAAUAAUAUUACUGAUCCUUGUGGGGGAUCGGGUAAUUUUAUCGUAACAUCAUCAAAAUCAUACAACACCCCCCCCCCCCCAUAGGCGACUAAUAAUAACCGGUCGCUAAGCUCAGAAAACGAAGCAAACAGAAACUGUCAUAAGUUUAUGGCUUUAAACUUUCCUCGCGUGUGCUGAACUUCAUUGUGAUCGGUUAGUUUAAAAUUGACCUGUCAAAAUCAAUUGAUAGGGUUCACCUUUGUUGUUUUUGUUGUUGUUUUUUGUUUUUUUAAAGUUUCACUGUAAAGUAGAAAGAGAGUAAUGUUUUAAGUAAAAGAAGCUUCAGUUUCAUAUUGUUUCCGUUUUUUAGAUUUCUCCCAGUCUUGCUCUUGGACACUUUAUUCUUGGAAACGUCUUCGGUGCUCAGGUAUUUAAUGCGUUAUCUGUAUAUUCUUUAGUGCAUUUUAUUAAUGGAAAAAAAAAAAGAAUUUAGCCUGAAUGCAAAUUAGGAUGGGAAGCAUUUACUGUUUGGUUUUUCUAUCUCUGAGCAAAUCUUCAUCCGAGAAAGGGUUCGUUUAAUGUUGAAAAAGGUUGGAGACCUUUUUAAGGUUUAGACUAUAUCCUAUAUGUCAAUAACAAGUGGAUAAAUUCUUCUGAUCUUCAUUUCUCUGUUAAUGCGAGUGUUAUCGAACCAAGCACUAGUAGCCCAACCAGCUGGAGCCGGUUUCCAUACCAAUACCCAGUAUAAGUUUAGCCAGGCAGAAUUAGUUAUUUUAUUCUCUAGGAUCAUUGUGCUGGAGAAUUAUACCGUGUAUCUAUCUAAAGACCCUUACUGCAGUGUUAUAUACAAAUAUUUUUCCGUCUUGCUUUAAGUCAACUUUACUCUCUUUCUUUUCCACCUCAGAGUGAAAUACCUGAGGCUAUUCAGCACUAUCUGCUCGCCUUACAGCUCGAACCAGGCUUCACACCGGCUGUGGAGAGGUUAAAGAUCAUUCAGUGUGUGCUGUGGAAACAGCAAAAAGCUCUGGAAAAAGAAGCCGCUGACCUCAGGAAACUCCUUACCCCAAAGUGAACGCAGUCGGCAGCGGCCUCGAACUUUUUCUUUCAGCAUUCGUAGUCUGAAAGACCGACUUUAAUUUUCUAAAAUAGUUAAACUUGCUGCGUGGAUAAAUGACAGAAAUUAUUUCUAUAAUGGGAAAAAAAGCAUAUUUGGCAAUCGAUGAAUUAUAUAUUGGGAUGAAAAUUUUCUAAUUACAAAAAUAAAAAGCUUAAAAUUUCAAAUAAACCCUAGCUGGCAAAACUUAAAAAAUAAAACGUUCUUCUUUUGGAAAGAUAGGCCAAUAUUUUGGAGCUUUUUAUAAAUGCAAAGUAACCGUUAACUUUUCCUCUGGCUUUUGCGAUUCAAUCUCUCACUGAAUCUUGUAAGACAGUGUCUAGAGUCAGGAGUCCAUUACAUCUGUUUGUGUGUAUAUUUUCUUUUAGAAAUAAAUACCAUUUUGAAAGCAAUGUGUUCGUAGCUUUUAAAAGUAGUUUCUGUGGUCAAAUGGUUCAGAAUAUAUAAAGUACCGUUUCAAAACGGCCUCGUCACUCUUUGAAUUUAAGCCUGUCACGAUUACAGCUUUCUUCAUCUUAACUUAAUAAUUUCAUGUAGAUAUCGAAGUCAAAUUAGACAAGUAAGUAUUUUUACACAGAGAAAAGAGUAGUUUUGUUUGAGGAGACGCCGGUCAUCUGACAAACUUUUCUAUAGAAUUCUUAAAAAG